CUCCAGCGCUCGGAAAUAUUGUAUAUUUUUUACUCAUUUAUGUCAAAGUACGUUCCAUAUUCCUCAUUCAUCUACGCAAAGUAAUUUAGCGAAGCGACAUUAUUGUUUAUGAUUGUUUAAGAAAUUAAAAGUGUUGAAUGUAUAUUUUGGAGCUGUUUUUCUACGAUUUAAUUGUCUAUUAAUCACCCCCAAGGCGCAUUUUACUCCGGUGUCGGGACGUUAUUGUUAACCUCUGCUAAAAAAAUAUUAAAAUCGUUCAUCGUAAAGCGUUUGAGUGUCAAUAUCAAGAGAAUUUUUCAACAUCCUUGGGGGAAAAUUCAUCAACAAGUGUUUAGAUAUUGUGAAGUGACUCGUUUAAUCGUUUCUCAUGACGUUCCAAUGAUUAUUUACAAGUUUAAGUAAAAAGUGUGUGAUAUUUAGUGAAUUUUUGGAGCAUUUGAGUGUUUCGUGGGCAGGAGGUUAUCCACUGCGGGGCGUUUCCUUCAGGCAGGAAUAGAGGAGAAAUGUCGAAGAACAAGUUGAAUCUGACAUUGCCACCAGGCUCGAUAGAACCGGUGCCAGCAGUAUCACCUUCACCUCCAGUACCACCUCUUCCAACUUAUGCUGAACCCCCUGUUAUACCUGAUGGGGUGAUGGGGAAGAUGAGUAUAGACGCUAUCCAAGAGCGUCUGGAAGAACUAGAAAUGGAUGAAGAGCAGAGGAAAAGAUUGGAGAGUUUUCUAGGGCAGAAGGAAAAAGUCGGAGAACUAUCUGACGAAGAUUUUGAAAAGUUGGGGGAAUUAGGGGCGGGUAAUGGUGGUGUUGUGAUGAAAGUUAGGCAUAAAAAAUAUGGACUGAUUAUGGCUCGAAAGUUAAUCCAUCUUGAAGUGAAACCAGCAAUUAAAAAGCAAAUUAUACGUGAGUUGAAGGUUCUUCAUGAGUGUAAUUUCGCUCAUAUAGUUGGAUUUUAUGGUGCAUUUUAUAGUGAUGGAGAAAUUAGUAUAUGCAUGGAGUACAUGGAUGGGGGAUCCUUGGAUUUGAUCUUGAAAAAAGCUGGGCGGAUACCUGAACCAAUACUAGGCACAAUAACAUCAGCCGUAUUGAAAGGACUGAGUUAUUUGAGAGAUAAACAUGCAAUAAUGCACAGAGACGUGAAGCCUAGUAAUAUACUCGUUAACAGUGCUGGUGAAAUUAAAAUAUGUGACUUUGGAGUCUCUGGACAGUUGAUUGACUCUAUGGCAAAUUCGUUCGUUGGUACUAGGAGUUAUAUGUCGCCAGAGAGAUUACAGGGCACCCAUUACUCAGUACAGAGUGACAUUUGGUCACUUGGGCUGUCCCUCGUUGAGAUGGCCAUCGGUAUGUAUCCGAUUCCACCUCCAGACACGAGGACCCUCGUAUCGAUAUUCGGACCGCAAGUCGCACCACCUCCAGCCGAUAAUACCUCGAACAAUGUCUCAACACCAACGAGUCAGUCACCUUCGCAUAAUACCAGUAGUCCACGACCUAUGGCAAUUUUUGAACUGUUGGAUUACAUUGUCAAUGAACCACCGCCUAAACUUCCACCUGGAAUUUUUACCGAUUCAUUCAUGGAUUUUGUGGAUCGGUGCUUGAAGAAGAAUCCGGCUGAGCGCGCUGAUUUGAAGACUCUGAUGAAUCACGAAUGGAUAAAAAAAGCUGAAGCCGAAAACGUUGAUAUUGCCGGAUGGGUCUGUAGAACAAUGGACCUCCAACCAACUACCCCAACUCGUUUGGCAAACGUACAGUCCUGAAUAAAUGUUACUCUUACAUACUUGACCACGUACAUACGCGUUCAGUACUCCUAAAUCAAUUUCGUACAUUUUGUUCUCCUUCUGUUAAUUACCCCCGCACUACUAAUUUUUUUUUCUUUUUUAAUGCCAGUGGUGUGUCCCUUAGUUUUCAUUAGCUGCAAAUUGCCUACAACCGCGUCAAUAUACAUUAAUGAAAAUAGCUGUGUUAUGAUAAAAAUAUCGAAAUUAUGAUAUUAUUCAUUAAGUGUAUGCAUCACCACUGCGUUUAGAAAUCAUUUUAUUUCCAUUUUUAACUACUUGAGUUUGAGUAUUUUUACGUUACCUUCAUGAAAGUAUGUAAGAAAAAAAAUCAUGUUAUAGUUAUAGUUUAUUCUUAGUACCAUUAAUGUUUCAUGAGCAUUGUAUUCUUCCUGUGAUAAGAUUAGACGAAUAUUGGGGAGUUAAAUGUAUUCUUUCAUAUAUCUACACUCAUGAAUAUAUGAAAGAAUGAGAAUUAUGGAAUUAAUUUUCAAGAUAUAACAAUUCAUGAUCAUGUACAGAAUUGGUGCCUCGAAGCAAGAGUUUUUUUUUCUCAUUUAUUUUGGAGUGGGAAUAUGAUGAUGAGAGUAAUGAAAGAAUAUAUUCAAUAGUUAGAUGAUAAUUAAAAAUUGUUCAUUCUAAUACGCUUUCACUAGAGUUUAAUGUUCAUGGAUUUUCUUUCUUCCUUUUAUUAUAUAGAUUCGACAGUGACUAUAUGAUGUUUAUAAAUGGAAAGAGAGGAAAGUUGAAGUGAAAAAUAUAGAAAUGUGAGGACAGAAUGGUGAAAUGGAAAACGUCGAUCAAACUGGAGAUUUUAAAAACGUGUUUAUAUGCUAAUGAUACGUGUCGCUUUUCGUGGUGAGCAUAAUUCAUUUAGGAAAAAUACCAAUGGCUAAUUUGGUGGAUUUUCAAUCGAUUUGCCGAGAUAAUAGUUGGCUGUUUGGGCUUUGGGUUCGGCCAUAAAAUUUCUAUGGACUAUAAGUGCAGUAUGUUGAAACAAUAUAGAAAAAAAUACAGAAAUAAAUUCAACUUCACAACUGCUUCGUUGUUGAUUGCAGAAAAAAAAUCUUGAGGCAUGUCUGGGAAUUUUGUAUUUUCAAAUGAAACUUUUUCUUUUUUAAUUUCUUGAUUUAGAAAAAAUCUCAAUGCCUGUUUUAAUACUUGGCUGUUUGGGCGUUGGAUUUGGCUAUAAAAUUUCUAUGGACUAAGUGCAGUAUGUUGAAACAAUAUAGAGAAAAAUACAUAAACAAAUUUUUGAAUGGAAUGAUAAUUAGGGAUGUAGUACCAGCCCUGCAAUUUCAAACGAAAUAAAUUCAAUUUCACAACUGUUUCGUUGGUGAAAGUAGAGAAAAAAUCUUUUGAGUCAUGUCUGGAAAUUUUGUAUUUUCAAAUGAAACUAUUUCUUUUUCAAUUUCUUUAUGGUAAUCACCCGAGCAAUGUUUUAUUGAUUUAGAAAAAAUCUCAAUGCCUAUUUUGAUGAAUUUUCAAUCAAUCUGUUGACAUAAUAGUUCGCUGUUUGGGUUUCGCUGUAAAAUUUCUAUAAACUAAAGUGCAGUAUGUUGACACAGUAUAGAGAAAAAUACAGAAAUAAAUUUUCGAAUGGAAUGAUAAUGAGAGUGUGGUAGCAGCUCUCUAAUUUCGAACGAAAUAUUUUUCAUUCAACUUCACAAAUAUUUUGUUAUUGGAAACAGAAAAAAUCAUUUUAUUCAUGUUGAGUAGUUUUGCAUUUUCAAAUGAAACUAUUCCUUUUUCAAUUUUCUUUUGGCAAUCAUCAGAAAAGUUGAUUUAAAUUACUUCUUGAUGACUGUAAUUAUACCACACAGAGAUCAAAACGUUCUGUUGAACGAAAGAGAAUGAAGAUAAAAUUGUUAAUCCUUUCCAAAAAUCCCCAAAUUCUUGUGACUGUUUUAAUGAGUGAUAAAUGCCCUCAGCUGGUCGUGAAGUGCAUCAUUUCAACUCAAAAAGUCACACCCUUAACGUUGAAUAUAAUAAAUAAAAGAAUAAUCAACCCGAGAA